GUUUGUUUGCUUCAUCGUAUGUAUUAUAUAUAUAUAUAUAUAUAUGUAAUUCAAUAUCUAAACUAUAUCCAACAGUAAAAUAAAUUGUUUACAAAAACAAUCUUAAGAACAAACUUCAGUUGUUUUCUGAUAUUAUAUUUUUGAAACUUCUGAAAAUGUGGGAGAAACAAUUAAGAUUUGAAAUUCCUAAGCACGAACAAAAGUAAUCAGAUUUUAAAUGAAACUAUAACAAAAAAUAAUCCUCUAACAGCAAAAUUAAUUUUACCUUUUAUUAAAUUCUUUCCAGUUUCCCUAUUUAAAGACAAAACAACAUUAUAAAUGGCUCCAGGGAAUCUCACAUGGGUGACUGAGUUCAUUCUCAUGGGAAUCACAGACCUUCCUGAGCUCCAGGUCCCCCUUUUCUUUGUCUUCCUGGUGAUCUAUGGGCUGACUGUGGUAGGGAACCUGGGCACCAUCAUCCUCACCAGUGUCGACUCCAGACUUCAAACCCCCAUGUACUUUUUCCUUCGACACUUGGCUAUCACUAAUCUUGGCAAUUCUACCACCAUUGCCCCUAAAAUGUUGCUCAACUUCUUGGCUAAGAAGAAAACCAUCUCAUACUACUGUUGUGCAGCUCAACUAGGUGGAUUCUUAGUUUUCAUGGUGGCUGAAGUUUUCACACUGGCGGCAAUGGCCUAUGACCGCUAUGUGGCCAUUUGCAACCCCCUGCUCUAUAUGGUGGUGGUAUCUCAGCAGAUCUGCCUUCUGCUAGUAUCCCUCAUAUACCUCUACAGCCUGACCACAGCACUGACUGUCUCUUCGUGUGUGUUCUCUAUGUCAUACUGUUCUUCCAAUGUAAUCAACCAUUUUUAUUGUGAUAACGUCCCUUUGCUAGCAUUGUCCUGUUCUGAUACUUACAUUCCAGAUACAACAGUGUUUAUGUUAUCGGCUAUCGACCUGUUUUUCUCCAUGAUCAUUGUUCUAAUAUCCUACUUCAACAUUGUCCUCACCGUUUUGAGGAUACAGUCCUCAGAAGGGAGACAAAAAGCUUUUUCCACCUGUGCUUCUCACUUGAUGGCUGUCACUGUGUUCUAUGGGACCCUCCUUUUCAUGUAUAUGCAACCAACAACCAACCACUCAUUAGAUACUGACAAAAUGGCCUCAGUCUUUUACACCCUAGUGAUACCAAUGCUGAAUCCCAUUAUUUACAGCCUAAGGAACAAGGAAGUGAAGGAUGCACUGAAGAGAUUCCUUAAUAACCCAUGCAAAUCCCUCAAACUAAUGUAAAAAAAUACCUACAACUGUCUUCUUUUAAAAGUCUUAAUUUGCUCUUGACAAAGCUGCUGUUAAGUGAAGAGACAUUUUAAAUGGUUAAAAAAAAAAACAAA